UAAAUACUGAUGUAAUACGUAGCUUUACAAUAAUAAGAAUACACAUUCUUUACAUGGUAUUCAGAGCCUUGUAGAAUUCUUCUCUACAUUUUUUUUUUCUCCGUCUCCUCCUCAUGGAGAUCACACAAGCUACCACUCUUGUUCAACUCAACGCCCCAACGAACUUUCCCAUCAAGUUAUCUGCAACCAACUUUCCGGUAUGGCGCUGGCAAAUUGAAGCCACUCUCAUCGGGUUUGAUCUUCUUCCAUACAUCGAUGGUUCUCUUAUUGUUCCGUCUCAGUUCAACGAUGAUGCCAAGAAGGUUCCAAAUCCAUGCUAUUCCACGUGGUUCCGCCAGAAUCAGAUCCUUAUUAGCGCGCUUCUUGGGGGCUGCACCGAACCUGUUCAACCCCUUCUCUCGGCCGUUACCACCGCAAAGGAGGCCUGGGAUGUUCUUCUCACCAGUUAUGCAAAUGCCUCUCCCGGUCGUAUUCUUGCACUCAAAAGCAAACUCUCUCGUAAUCCCCGUGGCAACAGAUCCAUUCCGGCUUACUUGAAAGACAUGCAAGAGAUUGCCGGUGAUUUGGCAUUGGCGAAAAAUCCUGUUUCUGACACUGAUUUGCAGAUAUUUAUUCUCAAUCAGUUAGGAGAUGAUUACCGAUCUAUUAUCAGUGCACUCCGGGUACGUAAUACACCCACAUCCAUGCUUGAACUUUCAGAGAUUCUCACGGAUCAUGAACGUUUACUCAAAGAUUCUGAAGAUGAUGGACCCUCUUUUCUGCCUACCGCUAAUAUUACUCAACGUCAGCCUUCAUUUGGGUCUGCUUUAUCUGAUUUCCGCAAGCGAGAUCACCUCUCUGGGCAUCGCAGCAACUCCGGACACCGUCCGACUCAGUGAUCUCUCUCCACAAUAAGAAGGAAAAAAUUCCACAGAAGGAAAAAAUCAAGUUUCUGUGGAAUUUUUUCCUUCUUAUUUUGUUGUGAAGGACCAAAAAACCGGCACUCACAUCAUGAGGGGUAGAAAUGUCAACGGUGUUUAUUAUGCUCCCACCACUGUUGGUUCACCUACUGUCACGCCCCGGACCUACCGGACACGUCAACAACCCGCCGUACAGUACGAAUAGUCAACCGCAGUCCAACUCAUCCAUACUAUACUAGGCGUCUUGAAUAUCAUUCACAAUAGUGCAUCCAUAAACAAACAUAAUGUAAAGUAAUCAUUUAAAUCAGCGGAAACGUUUAAUGCAAGUGUUUAUGCCACACUCCGG